UGUCAAAAGUGCGAGGCGGUUUUCGUUGCCUUUGUGUUUUUUGUGUUCUUUUUUGUUGAAGGCUAAUGUGGCCAAAGAAAUGGAGCCGAAGCAGCAGGAUCAGACCCAAAAGCCGGGUGAUCCGGGGGCCCAGAAUGAGCCGCUGACCAUAGUACAGUCCAUGACAUCGUUCUACAUCUAUAAUCCCUACGAAAAGAGGAGUGUGGAGGUGCCCUUGACUAACUGCGAUGCUUUCAUUUCCCUGCUGAAAUGCGUGAUUGGAACGGGGAUCCUGGCGAUGCCGCUGGCCUUCCGCUGCUCGGGAUUCGUGGUGGGUGCCGUGAUGUCCAUCCUGCUGAUGAUCCUCCUGACGUACUCCAUCCACUUGCUGAUCGCUGGCAUGACGGAGUGCUGUCGGAGGCGCCGGGUUCCCCAAGUCUCCAUGCCCGAAGCCGUCAGAAUCGCCUACGAGGAGGGUCCCAAAUGGGUCAAAUGUUUUGGGCGAGCCGCCGGUUUCCUGACCACCUGCGUCCUGGUCUUCGGACAGUUCCUUUUGUGCACCGUUUACCUGGUCUUCGUGGCCAAGAACUUCAAGGAGAUCGGCGACCACUAUGGAGAAAGGUAUAAUGAGCGGUAUUAUGUGCUGGGCGCCUGUCUGAUCCUCCUGCCGCUGUUUAUGAUCCGGAGACUGAAGUACCUCGUGCCCUUAAACUUGGUCUCCAACUUCCUGCUAUAUGCGGGAUUUGCCCUGAUCAUGUACUAUCUGUUCAGUGGUCUUCCUGAUAUUAAAGACAGAGAGCUGGCCACGCCCCCUGCCGAAUGGAUUGAGUUCUUUGCCAUUGCCGCCUUCUCGCUCACGGCCGUGGGUUCGAUGCUCGUUGUUGAGGCUCAUAUGGCGCAUCCGCAAAGCUAUCUAGGCAUCUUUGGCGUCCUAAACCUGGCUGUCUUCUUCAUCCUGCUCUCCAACAUGUUCUUCGGCAUUAUGGGCUAUUGGCGGUUCGGGGAAAGUGUCCAUGCUAGUAUCACCCUCAAUAUUCCAAAGAAUGAAAUUCUUUCCCAGAUCAUCAAAGUCUUCAUAGCCUCUGGAAUAUUCCUCAGUUAUCCCCUGAAUGGCUUUGUAGUGAUCACUGUGAUCUUCAGCGACUACAACAAUUCCACUGAGAGAAGAAAGCAUCAGACGUUGAUUGAGUAUGCAGUUCGGGUAACGUUCCUGAUCCUCACAGGUGCGGUGGCUGUGGGAGUGCCCAAUCUGGCGGCUCUCACCGAAUUAGAGGGGGCUUUUUCGCUGAGCAACCUGAAUCUCCUGUGUCCGGCCCUAAUCGACGUGUUUCUCAACUAUAGCACAGGAUAUGGCCGGCUGAUGUGGAAGCUGGUCCGCGACAUACUGCUCAUCCUGAUUGGUCUUAUUUUCGGCACAGUGGGCUGUACGGUGGCCAUGAUUCAGCUGAUCCACGACUUUCGAACGACGCUAGGCAAUAUGUAGGGAAAAUUCAAUUUGGGGAUUUUCUCAGCCUCUCGGUGCUCAUUGUCGGAAAUAAAAUCGGACUUCGCCUUUG